AUGGCUUGGUGGAUGCAAAACGUUCCCGGAAGGAGCAAGAAGAACAGCUACUUCCGCGGCGGGAAGCCGAUCGAAGUUUCCGACGUGGACGCGUAUCGCGAGGCCACGCACAAUCUCGGGCAGCACCUGAAAAAUAUCGACUAUCCGGGCGUGCCGUAUUUCGUCUCGUCCUCCCCGAAGCACUACAGCCCGCCGGCGAAUGCCACCAAGGCCGGCGCGUGCGGCGCGACGUCCGUCGUUAAAUCCGCCAUCGCGCAGCUAUACCCGACCACGCAGGAAACGGAGAACUUCUACGCGAUGCAGAAGCUGUCUUUAACGGGUACGGGCAGCCCGAUGCGCCUCCUCCGCGUGACGCGCCUGAGCGCGGUGCGGCCCGACGCGCACCUCGGUCUAUGGAGCGACGACAUCGUGCGGAACCCGGAAUUUAAGGAUCUGACGAAGCGCAUGGCCAAGUGGCCCGGCGAUUGCACGCACUGGUGCCUGCCGGGAGUUCCGGACGCGUGGGUCGAUCUUUAUUACACCAACGCGCUCCUCGAACCGACGUUUGUCCAGCUCGCGAACGCGCCGCUUCCGCCGUCCGCGGCGGGAGGCGGGCAAAAGAACGGAACCAAGGGGGGCGGGGAGCAGCGGAAUCCGCAGCAAGGGGGGAGCGGAGCGGGCGGAACAGGGGGAAGUGCAGGGGGAGGAGGGGGUGGAGGAGUGGGAGAAACGGGUGAUGGAGGUGGGAUGACACCUCCUGUAGUCAACCCACCUGUCAAACCACCUGUUAAAUCACCUGUCAAACCACCUGCAGCCAAACCCCCUGUGGUAAAUCCACCUACAGUGAAGCCUCCCGCAGCCAAACCCCCUGUAGUCAACCCACCCAUAGUCAAGCCUCCAGUUAAACCACCUGCAACCAAACCUCCUGCUGUCACCGUCCCUACAACCAAGCCUCCUGUAGUGAACCCACCUUCAGCCAAACCCCCUGUGGUGAACCCACCUAUAGUCAAGCCACCAACAACCAAGCCUCCUCUAGUGAAACCACCUGCAGUCAAGUCUCCUGUAACCAAACCCCCUGUGGUGAACACACCUAUAGUCAAGCCACCAGCAGUCAAGCCCCCUGCAGCCACCCCCCCUACAACCAAGCCUCCUCUGGUGAAGCCACCAGCAGUGAAACCACCGGAGGAGCAGCAGGAGGAGGAGCAAGGGGGGGAGGAUCAAGGGGAGGAGGAGGAGCAGGAGGAGGAGGAGGAGCGGCGGGAACGGGGGGGCAAAGGGUAG